GAUAAAAACAAAAUGUUGUCGAAGGUUUCUCAAAAACAACACUUGCAGCUCUCCCCUUCCUCCUCCUCCUCCUCCUCCUCCUCCAUGGAAAUGGUCCGGUGUUCACGUGGCAGACCUCGAGGUUCGAAGAACAAACCAAAAGCACCAAUCUUUGUCACCUCCGAGCCUCCUAUGAGUCCUUACAUCCUCCAAAUACCCUCUGGUGUCGACGUCGUUGAAGCCAUUAACCGCUUCUGCCACCAAAAGGGCAUCGGCUUUUGCGUCCUCAGUGGCUCAGGCUCCGUCACUGACGUCACUUUGCGUCAGCCUUCUCCGGCAGCUCCUGGCUCAACCAUUACUUUCCACGGCAAGUUCGAUCUCCUCUCCAUCUCCGCCACUUUCUUUCCGCCUAGCACCCCCUUGUCUCCUCCUGUCUCCAAUUUCUUCACCGUCUCUCUCGCCGGGCAUCAGGGACAGGUCAUUGGUGGAUUCGUCGCUGGUCCUCUCGUUUCCGCCGGAACUUUCUACGUCGUCGCCGCUAGUUUCAGUAACCCUUCGUAUCACCGGAUACCCGCGGCGGAGGAAGAGAACGCUGUGUCAGGGGAAGGGGAGGGCCAAUCACCUCCGGUAUCUGGACAUGUGGCGGAGGGAAGUGGAGGAGAGUCGAUGUACAGUUGCCAGAUGGGUGGCUCUGAUGUACACGCCAAAGCUCCACCGCCGUACUGACCAAAUCCAUCUCUUUCCUAACUAGGGUUUCUUCUUCUUUUGAUCAUCAAGAAUCAACUAAAGUUUGCUUUUUUUUUUUUUAUUAAUCUUCUUAGAUUUUUAAAUCAAGCCUUCACUCUUCUUCUUUAGUUUUUUUCUGCAGUGUCAAAAGCUUCCAAGUUAGUGAUUGUUUAUUUUUCAAUUUUAUAAUAUUAUUGCAUUGUUUAUUGGAUUCUCCAGAGGUUGGCUAAUAUGGCUUAAUUGAUUUCUCAAACAUCUCACUAACGGUUUAACCAACCAACAAUUGUAAGAAACAAUAAAUAAAGUGUGAAAAGACUCGAGAUAUAUCA